UCUACGGCAGCGGUUUAUUGGGGUCCGUAGUUGCCACGGCAUGGGGUGUCAGCGUGGUCCUAAUAACGGCAAGGUCAUGGGUUCCAUCUGCAUAUCAGCCAUGCAAUAUUGCUCAUUUCCCCCUGGGAUCGAUGUAGAGUGUUUUAUCUUAUUCAAUGUAUUAUACCUAUAUGUAUAUAUAUUACAUUAUGUCUAUAAUACAUUGAAUCUUAAUCGGGUUUAUAAACCAGAUUGCUCUGAAACAUCCGGAUGUAUUUGCGGCUCGAACCCACAAAGUUGACUAAGCAAGACCCAUCUCGUUUUGCAGAGAAAUGAAACUUAAUCCACCAGGACCAAAGGUUGAGGAAGUGAGCACCAGCCAGUUGGUGGGGCGUCUAUAAAGAGACUGUCUCUAUGUUUGUCACUAGAUAGGUAGGGAACUCGCGGGACCGAAUCGAAGCGUGAUCUCUGCUAACGAGGAAGGAGCUUUAAAACAUGGGGAAACAUGUGAUCUCUCCCGCUGUGUGGCUGGUUCUCCUGUGGCUCGGCGUCCCAUGCUCGGGGGUCCAAGAGGGAGAUUUGAGGCUGGUGGGUGGCCAGCUGCCGUCCGAGGGCAGGGUGGAGGUAUACCACCACGGGAGCUGGGGGACCGUGUGCGAUGACAGCUGGGACGUGGCCGAGGCGCAGGUGGUGUGCCGGCAGCUCCGCUACCCCGGAGCCCUCUCCGCCGUCCAAGGAGGAAAGUACGGUCAAGGGUCUGGCCCCAUCUGGCUGGAUGACUUGGGCUGUCUGGGCACAGAGAGUCGGCUGUCUGGCUGCAGUUUCAAAGGCUGGGGAGUCAGCGACUGCUCCCACAGUGAAGAUGCGGGUGUGGUGUGUGAGAGAAACUUGCUACAGGAAAACAAGCAGGUGUACACCCUGGAUGAUACCUCCAGCCUGAGCGAAGAUCUGGAGAGGCUCUUCAACAACGGACGUGGCUGCGACUUCAACGUCACCGUGCAGAGCCCUGAUGGAGGAGAGAGCUUCUGCCUGCAUAGGCUGGUGCUUUCCAUGAGCCACGAAUCCUCCACCAUCACGUUUCUCCAGGACCUGGACACCAUCAACAUUAAUGUCACGCAAGCCUGCCAACCCCACGUCUCCAAGUUCCUAAGAUACCUGUAUACACGCAAGAUCGACAUCACCAUUUCGUCCGUCGAGUGCAUCCACCAGCUGGCCACUGACUUCAGGAUGAAGUCGCUUCAGGAGGGAGCUGGGAGGCUCUUCUCGUGGCUGCUGCCCGGAGACGCCACCUUCAAGUCCCAGGUCGCGUUGUACGAAUACGCGGUGCGGGCCGGGGACGGGGUCCUGCAGGAGACAUGCAUGCAGUUCCUGGCUUGGAACUGUGAGGCGCUGAUCGGCUCGCCCGCAUGGAGCGACCUCUCUCAGAGCGCGAUGUCCGUCUUGAUGUCCCGCUCUGACGUGGUGGUGCCCGACGAGGCCUUCCUUCUGGAGGGCCUGGAGAGCUGGAUCCUGGCCCGGCGUGGUGAUGACGAUGCAGAGUGGCCUGAGUCCUUACUAGGCCUUGUCCGCUUUCCCAUGAUCCCUGCUGAAAAGCUGUACGACCUUCAGUUCAUCUCUGACCUCUACCCUCACCAUAAGGAGCUGUACCGUGAAGGGAUGCUGCGAGGCUUCCAGUUCAACACUGUGGCCUUCCACAAGCUUCAAGAUCAAAGCAAUAUCAAUAAAGCUGAAUACACUCCCAGGAUCUACACAGGCAGCCCAUGGAGCCUUGUAGUCAACGUCAGCAAUGUUCCAGACAGCUACCAAUACAACUACCAUCAUGGGUAUGGGUACAGUGGCUACAACAGCAGAGCCAGGUCAUUUGAGACCCCGCUUCACAACAGCCUGUUGUUCCACUCUGAAAAGUGUGGCUGGUCCACCGACAUUUUCCUAACCAACCAAGAAUGCCUGAACCGCGGCCUUCGGUGUGAGUCUGUGCCCGCUGCAUGGAUGGGUCCAAGUAGAUUGUUCCAGUACCAGAAUAUCACUCGCUUUAGCAACAAACUACUGCUGAAUUGUGAAGGCGACUACAUCUUCCAGAUCCAGGAUUUCAAGAACAACCUGGCUCUGGUACCGUCCAACAGCACCAAGGGCCAAAGCUACCCCUGCGAGUCAGAGCGCUACGAGUACCAUUUUAUAGUCCAGCCACAGUAUGAACUAUGAAUGACGGCUCCAUUUUAAGAUUUCUUAAUUAGAAAUGACCACUUUACUAUUGCCUUUUUCUAACCAGUAACUUAAAUAGAGUGUGACAGCCAACCGGUAAUGCUUGUUGGUCAACAACAUUUGUAGGCUGGUGAUUACUAUUAAUUAUUAUUAACCCAUAAUAACAAAUCUGCUUUUGAUUCUUCUCUUGUAUCAUUGUGUGAAGAUUAUUACGGCACUCUGUUUAAAAAAAAUGUCUAGGAUUAAUGUCCAGCCACAUUAAUAAACCGCCUGAAUUCGCA